UCAUUCCAAAAUUAAUUGCUCUCAUAGCAUACAAUUCCCCAAAAAAUACCAAAAACAAUGAAGGCUUGCACUUGAGCUGGUUAUGUUUUCAUGCAAUAUUAAAAGGUAAUGACAUUGGGGUGAAGAAAUAAGAUUAAAGAAGGUGGUGAGAGAAGAAAGCUCUCAUGCAAACACAAACUCUCAUCAUCGUCCCUGAUUGUCUCACUAGCCAUUGCCAUUAUGGUGACAGGCCAUUCCCUGAGGAAGCCAUUAAGGCUUCUCUCCACAUACUCACAUUUUUUAUCCGUGCUCUUCUAUCAGACUUCUCAUUACUGUGGCCAGCCCAAGAUCAAACCUCAUUAUGGCCUUCCCCAAAAUUUGAAAUUGGAUUACUGUUAUGGGUUUCCCCAAUAUUUAGAUUGGGAGAAGAGGUGUGCUCAUCUUCUAAAAAUAUGCGCAGAAACUGAUUCACUCUCUAAUGGUAGAAGUCUCCAUGCUCACAUCCACAAAUCCAUGGAAACCCGACCUGUUUUCCUAUCGAACAGUCUCGUGAACAUGUAUGCAAAAUGCGAAGCUUUGGAAGAUGCAGAAAUGGUGUUUGACCAAAUUCCUGAAAGAGAUACAGUCUCAUGGAAUACUAUGAUCUCUGGCUAUAUCUGGUGUGGCCUCGUGCUUCCUGCACUUCUCAUGUUUAAGAAGAUGCUAUCCCAAGGCCAGCCCAUACCUGAUCGAUUCACCAUGACAAAUUUGCUCAAGGUUUGCACUGGUUGUAAUGAUCUAUCACAAGGUUCACAGAUUCAUGAAGCAUUGAAGGUUUUUGAUGAGUUGGAAUUGAAGGAUGUGGUCAUAAUGAAUACUGUUAUUGCCUGUCAUGCUCAGAGUGGUAAUUGUGCACAAGCUUUUCAAAUUUUCAGGCAAAUCAUGUCCUCCCCUUUUUCACGACCUGCGAGAGCUAGCCUAGUUGCUUUAUUAACAGCAGUUGGUAACUCGAAAACACCGAAACAUGGAGAGCUGAUUCAUGGACUGAUAGUUAAGACUGGGUUUCGUGAUGAAGUCAUGAUAGAGAACUCUCUUGUAAGAAUGUAUCUUAGAGUGGGCUCCAUGUGGGAUGCUUUCAAUAUCACAGAUGACUAUCAGACCCAGAAUGUGAUGGCUUGGACCAGUUUAAUUUCAGGCUAUGCUGACCAUGGGUGGUUUGAGGAGGCAUGUGAAUUGGUUUAUCGGCUACAUCAUUCAGGCAUGGCUGUGGAUGGUUCCAAUUUGGCUUGUGUGCUUGGCUUAUGUGCCGAAUCUGAGUCUUUGGACAUGGGUGUUCAAGUUCACUCACUGGUACUGCGACUUGGCUAUGGAAAUGACAUAGAUGUGCAGGAUUCCCUUGUAAAUAUGUAUGCGAAAUGUUCAUCCAUGUAUGAUGCAGUAAGAGCUUUCAAUGAGAUCCAAGGUGGGUGCGAUUUGCUUUCAUGGACUACGCUCCUUUCAGGUUAUGUCUACUGUGGAUUUUCAGUAGAAGCUCUGAGAACAUUUUCCAAAAUGAGAGACAAUGGUGUCAAACCAGAUAGUGUUGCCUGUGUAGGUGUUCUUGCUGGUUGUACAAGCAUACAAUUCAUCAAUCAUGGAAGACAAGUUCAUGCUUAUGCAGUCAAGUGUGGGUAUGAUCUCAAUAUACAAGUAGAAACCGCUCUUCUUUCACUGUAUGCAGAAUGUGGGCGCCUAGAUUUUGCCAUAGAACUCUUUAGUAAGAUGUUUGAACCUGAUGUUGUUUCUUGGACGGCCUUGAUUUCAGCUCACGUUAAGCUCGAUCAUAACCAAGACGCCCUCAUUUGGCUUGUAAAGAUGGUGCGUGAAGGCACAAAACCAAACAAGUUCACUCUUGCCAGUGCUCUCACAGCCUCUGCUAAACUGACGGCCAUGGAAACAGGCAAGUUGAUCCAUGCCCAAAUCAUAAAAACAGGGGUCCAAACUGAUUCCUUCAUAGCCAGCAGUCUCCUAGACAUGUAUUCAAAAUGUGGAAGCCUAGAAAAGGCAGUUUCUUGCUUUGAAGAGGCACCAAAGGGGGACAUUGUUAUAUGGAACUCUAUUCUUGCUGGCCAAGCCCGACAUGGGAAUGGUGAGGAGGUUUUGGGCCUCUUCGAGAAGAUGAAAGAAUGUGGAAUGAAGCCAGACCAUGUAUCUUUUCUCUCAGUUCUAUCAGGUUGCAGCCAUGGCAGGCUGGUUGAUGAAACCAUGUUUUGGUUUAGGCGGAUGAAGGUGGAAUAUGGUAUUAAUCCCAAGGAGGAGCACUAUGCGUGUGUUGUUGAUGCCCUAGGGCGAGCUGGAAUGCUCAAUGAAGCAGUGAAAUUUGCUGGGUCGAUGCCAUUUGGGCCAGAGCUUGAGGUUUUAAGGUCAUUGCUCAGCUCCUGCAAAACUCAUGCUUGCAUUGCUCUAGGUUUGGCAGUUGCAGCAAGAAUCAUGAAGUUAGAACCUCAUGACCCUGCAACACUUGUGCUUCUGUCAAACCUGUAUGCCAGCCAUGGGAGGUGGGAGGAAGCAGAGUGGGUAAGGGAAGUAAUUGGAAAGACAUGGAUGAUGAGAAAGGAAGCUGGGCAGAGCUGGCUUCAGACUAAGUUUAGCUGAUUGGGAAGAUGGAUUAUCAAAGUAUAGCUGAAUGGAAACGAAACAUGGAUUUAGACUAAGUUCGAUCACACUUAAUUAGGCGGCAUAAGUAUAAUGUUUGACUAAUGCAGGGUUGAAAUAUGGGCCAUGCAUUAGUGACUAACUACAUAAUAGUCAACCAUCACGAGAAAAAAAAAACUAUGGCCGACAGUUUUAGACUUGUUGGCUCCUCAUGCCGCGUAGUGAGAUUUGUGUCCCACAAUAGCGAAAUGCGAACAAUCGCUUUGGUGUUGGUGGAUGUCCCAAUACAUUUGGAGAGUAGCAUGCUCCCUUUCGCGUGGAUAUAAUUUUCUGGAUUUUGUUGGAAAUUGUUGGUGGGGGUGAAACUGAGGCAAUAAAAAUAUCAGUUUGCUUGAAA